UCGUGGUCUUCUUGAGAACUUUGGAGGAUUUAGGAGCCGAGGAGUUUGAGAAAUUCAAGUGGUUAUUGCAGAACCUCGAAGGCUUCCCAAAGUGUCAACUGGAGAAUGCGGACCGGAAGGGCACAGUGGAUCAGAUGGUCCAGAAAUACAGCAUAAACACUGUUAACGUGAUACAGAGAAUUUUAAAGGAGAUGAAUAAGAAUGAUCUAGUGGAGAAAUUAUCAAAAAACGUGUCAGAACCUGAAGUCAUGUUACUAGACCCAAGUCUGGAGGACAGGGUUAUCCAAACCACAGCCAAAGAAUCAACAGAUACAGAGAACAAACUGGACCGGUCUUUCCCGUCAUGCCUUGAUCAAACCACCCUGGAAUGGCAAACCUUUGAUGGCUCUCUCCCCAAAGGAGCAGUUUCAAUCUACAAUGAAUAUGUUGGACGCACCGACUACGUUUGCAAGUACAGAAGCAUCGCUGGCUUCUACAACCCUGACGUGGGUCCUCACUGCCGCUACCCCUAUGCAACGAAAGAGCAUCUCGGCUCCCCGUUUGAGAUCCUGGUGAACAAAGACAACUUUGAGUUUUUGGAAUGGAAGGAUGGCUCCUACGGCUCAGUGCCAGAUAAUGCAGUCAAGACCGUCUCGCACAGAAAGAUAUUUGUUGGGAAGAACAAGUAUGGUCUUGGGAAGGUGGUUGUUGAAAAGAAGUCCUUCUACCUUCCCUGGAAAGGUUCUGAAUAUUGGUACAGAACCUACGAGGUCCUGACCGUUAACAAAGACAUAAUCAGCGAGCAGGUCUUUGAUGUCAAGUACAAGACUGAUGGGGUUAAGAUCUUUAAGUAUCCUCCAGAGACCAUGAAAAAGACUACACUCAUCAACAAGGACCGCCAGGAAGUGAAACAGACCGCUACCCUCUCAAAGACAAAUGAAGAAGAGCAAAGGUGGGACACCAGCUUUUCCUUCACUGUGGGCGCCCAGACCAGCAUCAAAGCCAGAAUCCCCUUUCUUGCCUCUUCAAAAAUCGAGAUUCGCGUGGAAAAAAACCUCCAGUUCACCAAGGUGGCCACUUAUAAAGAGUCAGAAAACUACACUGUUUCUGUUGAGCACAAAAUCCCACCAAAGCACUCCUGUGUUGUCAGUAUGGUGGGAUAUAAGUACGGGGCAGACAUCCCUUACACUGCUCGCCUCAGCCGCACCUACAGAAAUGGGGAGACCAAAUGGACCUCCAUCUCUGGGACCUACAAAUGUGUCCAAGUUAUGGAAGUUCAGGCCGUGGUGGAUCCUUGUGAACCUCUGCCUAACGCCUAGCCCUUUGCCUAAAGGAAUGAUGGAAGAGGUUUCAUGAGAUACAGUGCCUGACAUCAUGUAUGUUUAGUUGCGUACUUGCAUCAUUGUCCUGAAAAUGUUAAAUAAUCUUCUUUCUUUCAUAUGCCUUUAUAUAUUUUAGACAACAACACUACUUUAAAACAUUUAAAACAAAGUCUGCAAACCAAUGGAUGACUUCACGAAGACUACAUCCACUUCUUAUAUACAGUCCGUGGUUAGUCCCCAUAGUAGCCAUUUCACAGAGUGACCUCACUGUAUAAUAAUCAAAGCCUUGUGAAACUUUCCAAACACAAAAAACAGACAGAGGUCAUUCAGAGGAUGAAUGGCUUUCCAAGGUGUUUUAACAAAAGGGAGGUUUCUGAGCAGUUUCCAGAACAGAAGUGCUCACCAUCCAAUCUCUGAAAAAUGAAUUCCUACUGAAAUGUCCUUCUAAGUUUUGGCGUUUUAUUGUGGUAUUUUGGAGGGAUUUUAACCAGUUCUCGAUUGGUACAUUUUUUUUUCGAAUUUAGCACCAAAUCCUUGUAAUAAAUGUUAUUAACACCAAAAUUGCUGAAUCCAAUUUUUAGGAAUAACAGAGCAUGGAAAUGGCCGUAAUAUACUUCCAUGAUAAUAGUAUGAUGAUACAUAAUUUUGUCUGAUUCAGGACUAGAGGAACUUGACAGUGUUGAGCUUUAAAUGUAAUACACUGGGGACCCUGUUUCACUUAUUGAGCAUUGAACACUGUACAUCUGACUAUGUCUUUGAAAAUGAAAUGUCAAAUGACGUUUUCGUUUUCAAAUUAUUAGAAAAUUGCAAUUUAAUUUUUAUCAUGACUCAAUAUAAUUUGCAUGAAUGGAAAAUAAGUUUAAUUUUUUUAUUGCAUUUAAAUAAAUAAAAAAUGUAAUUAACA